UCUCUUAAGGUGUCUCUUUCUGUGUAUCACUUUGGGCUUUUGCUAAAGUGCUGUACAUUCACGUGUGUUACAUUGCUGUCAUAGCUGACAUGUCUGUCUUUUCUUGUUUAGAUAAUGUCGAGGAGCUCAGGGAGGAAGAAGCAAAACCAAAGCCAAAACCUUUCCUGCCAGCUUUGGUGCCUCCCAAAAUUCCCGAUGGAGAGAAAGUGGAUUUUGAUGAUAUUCAUCGCAAACGUAUGGAAAAGGACCUGACGGAGCUGCAAACGCUCAUUGAAGCACACUUUGAGAAUAGAAAGAAAGAAGAGGAGGAGCUAAUAAACCUCACUCAACGAAUUGAGAACCGCAGAUCAGAAAGAUCCGAGCAGCAGAGGAUUCGCUCUGAGCGAGAAAAAGAACGUCAAAACAAACUAGCCGAGGAAAAGGCACGAAAAGAGGAAGAAGAGGCAAAGCGUAAGGCUGAUGAUGAUGCAAAGAAGAAGAAAGUUCUUGCAAGCUUUCAGUAUACGGGAUAUAUGCAGAGGACAGACAAAAAGGGCGGCCCAAAGAAACAAACUGAAAGAGAGAAGAAAAGAAUGAUUCUUAGCGAACGCCGUAAGGAGCUACACAUCGAAAACCUCAAUGAGGAUAAGCUAAGAGAGACCGCAAAUGAACUAUGGAAGUGGAUGCGGCAACUGGAAGCGGAGAAAUUUGAACUGCAGUACAAAUAUACAUGCCAGAAAUAUGAGAUUACUGUAUUUAGGAAUCGAGUCACUGAUCAUCAAAAAAUUACCAAAGGCUCUAGGAGUAAGAGGGGCCUGAGAAAAUAGAGCAUCUCCAUGAAGACGAAAACAAAUGAAAACAGAUGUGUGAUAUGAACCGCAGCCAUUUCAAACCCAUGCAACACAUUAUAGAUGUUUUUGUUUUCAUUUGCAAUAAAAAUGAAUGUGCUUUAUAUAUGAGUAACAGUAUCAUUUGAGUUUUAAAAUGUCGUUGUGAUCUGAACCUGAUCCAAAGUUUGUAAAUGACAAUGAACUGCCAACAUUUCUCAUCUUUAGCAUGACUUUAGACUAGCUAACAAGCUUUAAUAAAGUUAUGUUGACAUGGUGUUCCUCUUUUGAUCAUUUUCAUAUCAUGAACUACAAAUAAUA